UAAAUGCACAUAUCAGAUAUGGCCACGUAUAAUGUAAUUUGAAUUUACUUCCUUCUGUUCGACUUGCAUGUAAGAAUAGCAUCGUAAAAACAUGGCAUGCCCAGUUUGUGGAGAGACUAGAUUUCGGAGCGCAGCACAGCAAACAUGUCACACCGCCAUGAAUCAUGGAACACACGGUUGUGGUUGUGGAUACAAGUUUACUUCUGAAGAAGAAUUAAAAUCACACGAGAAAACAAUGAAGGAAAACAUGAAAGAAAAUCCAUGCUCAUGUUGCUGUCGGUCAUUUGAAACAAAUGGUGCAUUAAACGAUCAUAAGAGGGAUAAACUUCAUGAUUAUACUAAACCGCCGAAUCAGUGUGAUUGUGGGAAAACAUGUAAAUCGGCAGAUGGUCUUGCUCAACAUAUUCGCGAUAAACAAGAUAACUUGAAUAUCACAGAUGCAAAAUAUAAAAGUAAAGGAGAAUACUAUGAUGCAUUUUACAAAAAAAAUGUCAUGGUUAGCAAAGAUGAUCGUAAGGAAAGUGUUGGAAAGUGUCGUGACACUUUAAACCAAAUAAUGGAUCAUGUUCGCAAACAAGAGGAUGGUAAAAUAUACAGUAGUGAUAUCAGGAAAGCAGGAAGUCAUGCUACAAGAACCAAAAUAAACAAAGCCGACGAAUUUGACGUGAACAUUGCUUUGAACAUCCCUGUGGCUGACGUCAAGACUAAAGGGACAGUAAAGUAUACCUACAAAGAUAAUUUGAACCCACGUGACCCAAAGAGUGCAUCUCCAGACAACUUAAAUGUGAGAAGAGAAAUUACUGCCCUUCCCAAAGGUAAACAGAACCAUAUACCUAUCGGAUAUGCUGCUGUUAAGGCUGAGGGGAAUGCAAAUAUGGCAAGUAAAGUGACGCAUAAUGGGGACAUCAUACCUAGAAAAGUCCAGGAGGAUCUUUACAGCAAGAUGAACACUGCCAUCAAAUCCUUGAACCUUAAAGAUGUGCAUAUUUCUAGAAAUGCUCAUGGUCCAGCACUGACAUUGACCAAAACAGGUUCAAAAGGGAAACACGAUAUCAAUAUAGACGUCACUGCAACGAUUGGUGACAAACAUGUAUCAGUGGGUGUGUAUGGUUGGCCUCGUCCUGACACAAGUAAAGUUCUACCGAAAAGUACAAUAGAUAGAAUUAACAACGUCGGAACCCACAUGGUCCCAAAAGGGGGUGAAUUUUGGAAUGUCUCCCACUCUAAAGCAGAGAAGGAGCUAAUGAAAGGAUUAGAUACGGGGAAUCAAUGUCGCCGGCAAUGUUACAAGAUGUUGAAGGCAGACGUACAAACCUGGAAGUCAAGAUCCACUGAUAAUUAUCCGGGGAUAUCAUCUCACCUUUUGAAGCACUCAAUGUUUUGGAUGAAUGAACGACACCAACCCAAUAAUAAAGAUUAUUGGAACCAGAAAAAUAUCCACAACUGUUACACGGAUUCUCUUAAUGCAUUUAAACGUCAUCUGGAUCAGUGCAAACUACCAGAUUACUUCCAUCCAAUGAACAAUAUGCUCGGGAAAAAAGACAAAGACGUGUGUCAUAGACUAGCUGGAUGUGUGGAAGAAAGAAGAAAUCAACUUUUACACAUGAAGCUUCUUAAAUGA